GCGCUCACCGAGUUACUCGGCUGAUCCGAGGCGGCGAGGCAGCGUGGCCAGCCUGAGCUCCAGAGGAAGCUACUCCAGAUACAGUGACAGACUACGAGACAGAAAGAGAACACACAGCUCCAGAGACACAGAUGUGAAGCAUGCACAUAAGGUUAGUGGGAAGAGACAAAGACGGAAAUCCUACUCUCCUAUGAAGAAAAGAAGAAGAGACUCACCGAGCCAUCUGGAAGCACGCCGAAUCACAAGUGCCAGGAAGCGACCCAUCCCUUACUUCAGACCGAGCCCGUCCUCCAGCAGUCGCUCCACCAGCGUGUCGUCCUGGAGCAGCCUCUUCACCCGCAGCCGCAGUCGCAGCCCCAUCCACAGCAUCACCCGCAGCCGCAGCCGGAGUUACUCCUCCUACAGGAGCUACAGCCGCAGCUCAUCCUGGAACUCAAUCUUCGGGACCCGCAGUCGCAGCCGGAGUCGAGGUUCGCUGAACAAACGCAACAAAGCCAGGCAUUAAGUUUCUGAGAGCACACUGAGGGG